AUGUUUGUGUACCGACGUGUCCAGUCUGUCCAGUCACCGGAUGUUUGUGUACCGACGUGUCCAGUCACCGGAUGUUUGUGUACCGACGUGUCCAGUCACCGGAUGUUUGUGUACCGACGUGUCCAGUCACCAGAUGUUUGUGUACCAACGUGUCCAGUCACCGGAUGUUUGUGUACCGACCUGUCCAGUCAGUCCAGUCACCGGAUGUUUGUGUACCGACGUGUCCAGUCAGUCCAGUCACCGGAUGUUUGUGUACCGACGUGUCCAGUCACCGGAUGUUUGUGUACCAACGUGUCCAGUCAGUCCAGUCACCGGAUGUUUGUGUACCGACGUGUCCAGUCACCGGAUGUUUGUGUACCGACGCGUCCAGUCACCGGAUGUUUGUGUACCGACGUGUCCAGUCACCGGAUGUUUGUGUACCGACGUGUCCAGUCACCGGAUUUUUGUGUACCGACGUGUCCAGUCAGUCCAGUCACCGGAUGUUUGUGUACCGACGUGUCCAGUCACCGGAUGUUUGUGUACCGACUUGUCCAGUCAGUCCAGUCACCGGAUGUUUGUGUACCGACGUGUCCAGUCAGUCCAGUCAUCGGAUGUUUGUGUACCGACGUGUCCAGUCACCGGAUGUUUGUGCACCGACGUGUCCAGUCACCGGAUGGUUGUGUACCGACGUGUCCAGUCACCGGAUGGUUGUGUACCGACGUGUCCAGUCACCAGAUGUUUGUGUACCGACGUGUCCAGUCAGUCCAGUCACCGGAUGUUUGUGUACCGACGUGUCCAGUCAGUCCAGUCACCAGAUGUUUGUGUACCGACGUGUCCAGUCAGUCCAGUCACCGGAUGUUUGUGUACCGACGUGUCCAGUCAGUCCAGUCACCAGAUGUUUGUGUACCGACGUGUCCAGUCAGUCAAGUCACCGGAUGUUUGUGUACCGACGUGUCCAGUCAGUCCAGUCACCGGAUGUUUGUGUACCGACGUGUCCAGUCACCGGAUGUUUGUGUACCGACGUGUCCAGUCACCGGAUGUUUGUGUACCGACGUGUCCAGUCACCGGAUGUUUGUGUACCGACGUGUCCAGUCACCGGAUGUUUGUGUACCGACGUGUCCAGUCACCGGAUGUUUGUGUACCGACGUGUCCAGUCACCAGAUGUUUGUGUACGGACGUGUCCAGUCACCAGAUGUUUGUGUACCGACGUGUCCGGUCACCGGAUGUUUGUGUACCGACGUGUCCAGUCACCGGAUGUUUGUGUACCGACGUGUCCAGUCACCGGAUGUUUGUGUACCGACGUGUCCAGUCACCGGAUGUUUGUGUACCAACGUGUCCAGUCACCAGAUGUUUGUGUACGGACGUGUCCAGUCACCAGAUGUUUGUGUACCGACGUGUCCAGUCACCGGAUGUUUGUGUACCGACGUGUCCAGUCACCGGAUGUUUGUGUACCGACGUGUCCAGUCACCGGAUGUUUGUGUACCGACGUGUCCAGUCACCGGAUGUUUGUGUACCGACGUGUCCAGUCACCGGAUGUUUGUGUACCGACGUGUCCAGUCACCGGAUGUUUGUGUACCGACGUGUCCAGUCACCAGAUGUUUGUGUACGGACGUGUCCAGUCACCGGAUGUUUGUGUACCGACGUGUCCAGUCACCGGAUGUUUGUGUACCGACGUGUCCAGUCACCGGAUGUUUGUGUACCGACGUGUCCAGUCACCGGAUGUUUGUGUACCGACGUGUCCAGUCACCGGAUGUUUGUGUACCGACGUGUCCAGUCACCAGAUGUUUGUGUACGGACGUGUCCAGUCACCAGAUGUUUGUGUACCGACGUGUCCAGUCACCAGAUGUUUGUGUACGGACGUGUCCAGUCACCAGAUGUUUGUGUACCGACGUGUCCAGUCACCGGAUGUUUGUGUACCGACGUGUCCAGUCACCGGAUGUUUGUGUACCGACGUUUCCAGUCACCGGAUGUUUGUGUACCGACGUGUCCAGUCACCGGAUGUUUGUGUACCGACGUGUCCAGUCACCGGAUGUUUGUGUACCGACGUGUCCAGUCACCGGAUGUUUGUGUACCGACGUGUCCAGUCACCGGAUGUUUGUGUACCGACGUGUCCAGUCACCGGAUGUUUGUGUACCGACGUGUCCAGUCACCGGAUGUUUGUGUACCAACGUGUCCAGUCACCGAAUGUUUGUGUACCGACGUGUCCAGUCACCGGAUGUUUGUGUACCGACGUGUCCAGUCACCGGAUGUUUGUGUACCAACGUGUCCAGUCACCGGAUGUUUGUGUACCGACGUGUCCAGUCACCGGAUGUUUGUGUACCGACGUGUCCAGUCACCGGAUGUUUGUGUACCGACGUGUCCAGUCACCGAAUGUGUGACCAUCAAGAUUUGCUCCUGCCUUGA